AUGGAAGAACUCUGGUUGGCUGCUAAGUCCUGGACCCGGGCUGAAUCAGCUUUGAAGCAUAAGGCUUAUGCAGAUUUGGAGAGCCAGACCCACUUUAUCACAUAUAUGAAGAUAAAACAUGAGGCUUCUUUGUCCUUUCUUCAAGAAGAAAAUCGGAUAAAAGAUGAAACUAUCGCCCAACAAUGUCGCUCCCUUCAGCAUAUCAAGACAGAACUGAUUCAGGAUAUGGCUGGUAGAAGAAACAACAACAACAGAGAGAUGAGCGGUCAGAACAACCAGUUUCUAGAAGGAUUUACUGCACUUCUACAUGAGCAGAACUGCAUUCAUGGGGAACGGAUUCAACAAAUAUUGCAGGCUAGGGAGCAGGGGAGCACACCCAGACGUUCUACAUCUAGUACGCAACCGGUCUACAAGCAGUUUCGGGAGCUUAGACCAAUGGAGUUUAAAGGCGCCACAGACCCAAUCGCUGCAGAGGGAUGGAUUCGGUCUCUGGAAACGAUAUUUGACUUCAUGCAGCUCACAGAUGCGGACAAGGUCAGGUGUGCGAUAUUCAUGCUCCGGGAUGAUGCUCGAGUAUGGUGGGAGGGUGCGUGGCUGACUGUAGAUCUAACUAUUUUGACUUGGGCUGAUUUUAAGGAGGUAUUCUAUGGAAAGUAUUUCACAGUUGACAACAGGACACGACUGGCACGAGAAUUCUUGGAGCUUCGCCUAGGAGAUAUGACGGUGGCGGAGUAUGUCAGGAGGUUCGAGAGAGGACUCUAUUUCGUACCUAUGAUUACCAGCCAACCAGUCGAAGAAUUGAAGCACUUCACCGAAGGGUUGAGGCCGGCUAUUCGCCAUGAUGUCAGGUUGAGUCGGGUCACCACAUUCAGAGAGGCAAUUGACCAAGCACUGAUGUCUGAAAGAGAUAGAAAUGACAUGGUCAAGGAAGCUCAGAACAAGAGAUUGAGUUAUCAGGGACGGGAUCAGCAGGAGCCGGGAAAGAAGAGGUCAGUUCCGGGUCAGAAUCCAGGAAAGCAACCGUUUAAGCAGGCGCAGCCGUGGCAGCAAAUUCAGAAGAUACAAGCAGCUGAAGGCACUGGUGUCAGGGCUGAAAACAAGGUUCGCUGUUCCAAGUGCGAGAAGAUUCACACUGGGCAGUGUUUGACGGGUACAGAUGCUUGCUAUAUGUGUAAGAAGUCAGGACACUUCGCAAGAGAAUGUCCACUGCUCACGGAGCCAACCAAAGGGAGAGUAUUUGCGAUGACUCAAGAGCAGGUGGACCUGGACACAGCUAUUAUCACAAGGGAGGAAUUGCAUAGCAACAGGAUGGUAAAGAACUGUCAGAUGAUGAUGCAAGAUCAUAUGGUGGGCGCGAGGUUCAUCGUGUUGGAAAUGACAGAGUUUGAUGUGAUCCUUGGCAUGGACUGGUUGGUUCAGCACGAGGCAGUCAUCGAUUUCGGGGACACAACGACCAAGUUUGGAGGAAGUGGAAAUAGCCCAAGACUUCCCAGAGGUGUUUCCAGAGGAUGUUACAGGUCUACCCCCGACUCGGGAGGUGGAAUUCGGAAUAGAACUAGUACUGGGAACUACGCCGGUGUCAAAAGCACCAUAUCGGUUUGCGCCUACCGAAAUGAAAGAGUUGAAGGGGCAAUUGCAGGAAUUGCUGGACAAGGGUUUUAUACGACCAAGCGUGUCACCAUGGGGAGCCCCGGUGUUAUUCGUACGCAAGAAAGAUGGGACCAUGUGGCUGUGCAUCAUUACCGGGAGCUGAAUCGAGUGACAAUCAAGAACAAGGUAUCAUCAUAUGAAGGUAAAGGAGGAAGAUGUGCACAAAACAGCAUUCAGAACCCGAUACGGGCAUUACGAGUUCCUGGUUAUGCCAUCCGGACUCACAAAUGCCCCAGCAGCAUUAUGGACUUGAUGAAUCGAGUAUUUCACUCCUGCUUGGACCAGUUUAUUAUUGUCUUCAUUGACGAUAUAUUAAUUUACUCUCGAAAUUGCCAAGAACAUCGUCUGCAUUUAACCACGGUGCUACAGACGUUGAAGGAUCAUCAUUUGUAUGCCAAAUUUAGCAAGUGUGACUUUUGGCUGAAUCAGAUUCCAUUUCUAGGGCACAUUGUCUCAGGGAACGGGAUAGAAGUGGAUCCGGCCAAAGUUGAGGCAAUCUGGAAUUGGGAUACGCCAAAGAAUAAUUCUGAGAUAUGGAGUUUCUUGGGAUUGGUAGGUUACUAUCGAAGGUUCAUCCAGAAUUUUUCCCGGAUUACCUUGCCGCUGACCUCGCUGACUAAGAAGGGGGUAAGAUAUGAAUGGACAGAUCGGUGCAUGAAAAGCUUUGAGGAGUUGAAAGGAAGAUUGACGACGUCACAAGUGCUUACGAUACCGGAUGGUUCUGGACGGUUUGUGGUGUACACUGACGCCUCCAAAACUGGACUGGGAGCUGUGCUAAUGCAGAACGGGAAGGUCAUUGCGUAUGCCUCACGUCAGUUGAAGGUACACGAGCAAAACUAUCCCACCCAUGAUUUGGAGCUAGCGGCGGUUAUAUUUGCUCUAAAGAUCUAG